AUGAACUACAAGAACUUUUCUGCGAAUGCUCCUUUUCUUCUCACGACUAUCAGUCACGAAACGUAUUUGAACACAACUUCAGCGAGUGACCUGUCGCCUUGGACGGCGAUGCCAGGCUGGAGACUUGAGAAUACGUUUUUCGAUUGGAUGCAUGUAGUCCUGCUUGGAGUGGGAAGAGAUGCUGUUGCUGCCGCCAUCAAACUGAUGGUCAUGCGGGGACUGAUUGGCUGGGAUACAAAGCGAGCAGAUCUGAAGAUGUUGACACUUUGGAUCAAGAAAGAAUACAAGAGCCGGACUGGGAAAUCCUUCUCUGUGAUAUCUUUGACCCCUGCAAAUGCUGGCCUGGAUCCUUGGACCGAAUACCCGGAGCUCGGGACAAUUUUCAAGGCUGCGCAAGUCAAGAUCCUGAUCUGGGGAAUAUCGAGAAAACUCCAGGAGGUGGUCAAGCGCGUUCAGGAUGAGGAUUUGGUGAGAAUGGCUCUGGCAAUGCGAGGGCUCAGUGAAGCUCAGAGUUUGCUGGACAACGGCGGCUUGAAGUUCACUGGAAGCGAAGCACGAAAGUUCGAUGAAAUGGUGCACUUGCAUUUACGAACGUGGCAAAGGCUGGCUGUGAAAUUCGAGGACCUCCUCAUCCCUUUGUGCAACAUCCGGCCCAAACACCACUAUCUACAGCAUCUUGCUCGGUAUGUGCUGCGGACCCGAAUAAAUAUUCGGAUACACCAAAACUUCGAUUCUGAAUCCUACAUGGGGAAAAUCAAACGAAUCGCCUGCAAAUGCCAUUCGACUUCGAUGUUGCUGCGAGUCCAGCAGCGCUACAUCCUGUACUUGGCGUUGCUCUGGGAUCGAGCAAAACGAGCAUCAGUUGGUGGGGAUGUCAGGGCAAAAUCUUUGGAAGAUAUCUUGCUCUUGGAGGAACGAAAACCUUUCAGUAGCAGUGCUGAGAAUGCGAAGCGACGAUGCUUGCGAGGCUGA